CCUAGCCCUAAGGGUCUACUUUAUUAGAUUCAGGAAGUUACACACGGGAAGUAUGACGAGUAGUGCUAAAAAUGUUAAUAAUGGUGUGGGUAAAGGCAUCUGCCAUCGGUCAGGUGCGAUCCAUGGACUGCGGGUAUGCAGCUCAUCUCAUGGUGGCGGUCGGUACGGUACUACUACCUGUCAAUGCAGUUGUCAGGAGCUCAGUGGCCACUUUACUCAAACCUCCUUUCUCCUCGACGAGUCCUAGUCUAGCCUAGACUAGACAAGAGGCCCAACUGAAUGCUAUGAGACCAUCCUCCUAAAUAAUAUAUUGUGGAAUGGUUGAGUCUCGGCUCAUAUCUGAUUCAAUCGCACCGUUUUCUCAGUCAGACAUCUAGAAGAGUAUGGAACAAGUGAUUGAUAUAGCUAUGAAGGAGAUUACUAACUGAAUGUGUUGAUAUAUAUUCUAGAAAGGUGGGUUGGUUGAAGCACAGACAGGAUGCCUAUUCAACACACAACAACCAGCCGCACUAUUAGCAGGAGUCGUGCACAGAGUCGACGGAAGCGGAGCUUUCGGCGUGACUUUCCCGGUAAGCUAAUCCAUCAAGCCGCCAUCUACUCCAACUAUGAACUUCUCAAAGAUCUCAUACAAGGUGCUCAGAAGAAAUUCAUCAACGAUAAGGAUUCGUUUGGAAGAACCGCCCUGCAUGCCGUGUGCGCAGCUGAUCUUGAAGAACGCAAAGCUAGCGUGAAAUGCGUCGAGCUGCUCCUACAGUGUGGCGCUGAGCCAAACACGUCUGCUAAUGACCGCUACCACUGCUUCACGCCACUUCACCUAGCCGCACGCGACGGCAAGAUGGAGACCAUGAAGUUGCUGCUAGACUUCGGGGCGGACAUUGAGAUCAAGGAUAGCGAGCAUUGCAAGCCGAUGGACGUCGCAAAUAAGAAUUGUCGGAAGAAGUGUGCCGAUUUUCUGCAUGAUAUACAGGAUGAGAGGGAAAAGUUACGGAAAGAAGUGGAACCGCAGAUUCUUCAGGCAUGUGCAGAUGGGAACCUAUCCGAGCUAAAAGCUCUGUUAAAGCGAGUGGGCCUAGCUGCCAUCAAUAAGGACUACCAGGAGGGAGUCACACCCCUUUUUAAGGCAAGUUGCAAUGGUCAUUUAGAGGUUGUGAAUUAUUUGAUUGACCGCGGAGCCUCUGGACGAGCCAACGACAGCGGUUGCAAAUGGACUCCACUAUACGCUGCCUGCUUGUAUGGCUAUACAAAAAUAGCCGAAGUAUUAAUGAAGUAUUUUCCGUCGAUGGCUGGUGAUAUAACGCAAGAUCAACAGUUACCCUUGCACGCAGCAGCAGCAGGAGGCUACACGGAGAUUGUCAAACUCCUCCUCUAUUACGACUACUCUGUCAUUAAUGAAAAGGGUAAAACAAAGCUACAUCAGAAGACGUCUAGUAAUCUAAAAGCUUACAAAGGAGGAUUGCCUUUUCACAUAAACCUGUGCAAUAUAAAUGGACAGACAAGCCUAUAUCUUGCCAGUGCUGCCGGCCAUGUUGAGGUCGUAAAGACUCUACUUGAAUUUCAACCAAACCGUCGCAAGCACCAUUCUAUGCCUUUCACAAACUCUACACGAAAAAAGCCAUUUGUAGAUGUUAAUACAUACACAGUUGUCGGGCAGACACCUCUGCAUGCAGCUGUUCUGUCAUGGAAUGUUGAGAUUACGUCGCUACUCUUAAAGUACGGAGCAGAUGUGAAUGCACCGAUUCAAUCUCUAUUUUGCUUGUUUGACAAUACCGAAAGUAAAAGGAUAUCACCAAAGUUUUCAGAGAAGGUGUUCUUCACAAAAGAAAACUCAUCCUUACUGUUUGAGGCCUGCAGUGCCUUUGAUUAUAAAUUGGAAAUCAUAACACUUCUGCUCAAACACGGUGCCAAGGACACCGAAGGUAAAGCAUUGCUGUCUGCUCUGCUUAGCCGACGAGACGAUAUUGUCCGUGUCAUGCUGGGACAUUCUGGGGUACAUCCAGACUCUGAGUUUACCGUUAACUCUGAUUGCUUAGCAGAAUUCAAAGCAGCUUCUUGUGCAGUUACUGUAGAUCAACUUGGAACUGAACCACUUGAAAAGAGGUCAGGAAAGUCUGUUAAAGAGUCUAGCAAUCACGCUCCUCACUAUUCAAAGAUGGCUCAGCAGCUUAAAGAUGGAGGUCGUUCUAUUAGCAGGGAUCGUAGGCGUACAGUUGCUAUACCUAAACGAUUAGUGAGUAACUCUGCAUCUUUUGAUGUACCUGUCGCAAUUGAUUGGCAUGACAUGGAAUUAAUACUAAUUGAGACUGACUGGUUAGUAGAGGCUAGUUUAAGAUACAAUAUAACCUUGCAAAACUAUGAGGUAUCUCCAGGUAUCCAGCAUCCCGCUCUGUCAGCCAUCACAAGAAUUGAUAUAUCAGACAAUAGCCUAUCAGAACUUCCACUAGUUAUAUUCCAAUUGCCAUCACUGCAUGUUCUGAAUGCUGCCAAGAAUAAGAUCAGUAAACUCCCAAUAGGAAAGUCCAAGAAGGAGACUGUCAAGGUGGAGAAGUCUGAUAAAAGACAUACUGUUGCUUCUAUUCUAAGUACCGCUGUAAAGAAUCCACCCGAAGUGCAAGAAGUUAUAUGGAACUGCCCAAUGUUAACUCAAAUUGAUCUCAACAACAACUGGUUAGAGAAGCUUCCAGCAGUGAUGUUCCACCUACCUUCAUUAGAGACUCUGAACGUACAUGGGAACAAGUUAAAACAACUUCCAUUCGAUAUGUGGAUGGCAUCAAAGCUGAAGAACUUAGAUCUCUCUAAGAACAAAUUAGAGGAAUUGCCAAGCAAUAUCCUUGAUGGUUUAGAUGACUCUCAGACAUUUCACUCUUCUACAGCUAGUCACAAGGAUAAAAAGCAGUCAAAUGAGUUCACAUUAGAUAUGAAUGACUUCAAGAAAGAGCGUGAUGAAGAUGGUGACUCUGGAAUGGAAGAAGGUGACAAAUUUAGACCAAUUCAUAAUUAUUCAGAAUCAAGUAGCCGGACUGCUAAAAAAGGGAGGACACUUACCGAGACAUCUGAACAGUCAACGACAUCCAGCAACUCUGAAGUGUUUGGAAAUGAGAAACCAAAGAGGAAACAUACUCUUUUAAAUGUCAGAAGACAUCAGUUAUGGAGCACUAGUAGUCUAGGAUAUGAUGAGGUUGAUGAAGAACCAAUCAGUGCUGAUGAAGUCAAUUGUUUGGAAGUUUUAAACCUUUCGAAAAACCAACUUACCAAAAUACCUACAGGACUGCCCUGUCUUGCUCCAAAAUUGUCAAAACUUAUUUUAUCUGAAAACAAAAUAACAGAUUUUGGUCCAAUUAAUAAGUUCCCAGCUGGUCUUGUUGAUUUAGAAGUCUCCAACAACUUGAUAACAUCAAUGACUGUGACAUGUCGCCGUGCUGGUUCUCUCUCCCGUAAAGACUCUAUAUUGAAAAUGUUACAUGUUAAUCCUUCCGUAGACAAUGAAAAGAAGAUCUCUGACUUGCUUGGCAUUGAACCUUGCUGUAGCCCAGCUAUCCAGUCACAACAGAAUGUGCAUUUGAUGGCACCAGGAGGUAUGGGAGACUCUAGAAGGGACAGCAAAGAUGGACAAAGCAUCUCAUCACCAUUGCAGUCACCACCAGCUGUUUCUCUGCAAUACUGCAAGCAUCGAAGGCACCGUGUUCUUGCAAAUUUAAGAACGCUGGAUCUCACGAAUAAUAAUAUUAAGCAAUUGCAAGUGGUGUCAAGGACAGAGGAAAUUAAUUUUUCUGAAGACAAAGAACUUGAGGAUUCUGGAGAACAUGAUCAGUCAUGUGUUUCUCUUUGCUUUCCUGUGGAGGACAAAACAGAGCUACAAAAAGAAGUUCCAAAGAUUGUGACAAAUCAUCCAUCUCCAAGUGAUGACAUCACACUGCUAUUCCCUGACCUGGCAUUUCUCGCAGUGUCUAACAACAACCUGACUGAGGUUCCCAAAGACAUCCAGUACCUGACCAAGUUGUCAAACCUGAGGAUCGAUGGAAAUGAAUUGGUUACAACGCUACCACCAGAGAUGGGACGCCUGCAGAACCUCUAUGACCUGAAGGUUGAUGGUUGUAGCUUAACAGAGCCAUUGUCGAGUAUGACAUCAAACCUUCUUGUGAAGGAUGUCUUAGGUUAUUUGAGAUGUAUUCUUGAUGAUGCUAAACCCUAUGCCAGGAUGAAGUUAAUGUUUGUUGGGAAAGCAUGCAUUGGCAAAACCACUCUCCUGAAUGAGCUGCGGAGAGAGGGCAGUGGCCCAUAUGGCAACCAAUCACCCGAGAGUUUUGCUGAAAGGCAGGGAAACACUCACAUUGGUGGCAAGACUCUUAAAGGUAACCACCUCUCGACUGUUGGUGUUGACGUUUCUGAAUGGACGUACUGCAAGAAAAAGUCCAAAUAUGGCAAAGUUACUUUCAGUACAUGGGACUUUGGUGGACAGCAAGAGUUUUACGCCACUCAUCAAUAUUUCCUAACGAAGCGUUCCCUUUACUUGGUCCUCUGGAAGCUAACAGACGGAGAGAAAGGAAUUAAUGAGCUGCAACAGUGGCUGGUCAAUAUACAGGCGCGUGCUCCAAAUUCACCUGUGAUCAUAGUUGGAACACAUCUUGAUGUCUUGCGUUCUGGCCCACGCUACUCACGGGAUUAUCUCAUGGACCUCACGCGCAAGGUCAAUGAGCGGUUCAUUGACAUUGCUCACCCUCAAGACCUCGGGCUGCCAGACGUCCGAGCCUUCGUGCCCGUUAACUGUGUCAGAGGCAGCAGUGUGACCAAGCUCCGAGACACGAUCUAUGACACAGCAUUUUCCAUUACGGAAGGUCGUGACAAACGUGAUCGUGAACCACUUCUGAAACAUCCGGUACCAACAUCAUACCUUGCUCUGGAAAAAGCCAUUGCAUACCUAGCGGCAGAAAGACGGGAUGAGAAAAAGGAACCAGUGCUAACAACUACAGAAUACAGAACCGAAGUGACGCAUGUAAUGCAGAUGCAAUCGCAAGUGUCUUUCCAUGAUAAAGAAGAACUAAUGCAAGCGACACGUUUCCUGCAUAACAACGGUAUUCUGCUACAUUAUGAAGAUGCUAUGCUUGCUGAUUAUUAUUUUCUUGACCCUCAGUGGCUCUGUGACACUCUGGCCAAGGUUGUAACUAUUCCAGAAAUCAACCCCUGUGUCAAAAGUGGUGUGAUGAAAAUAGAUGAUCUAAAGAUGAAAUUUCAGUCAUCUGGCGUCAAACAUUACAUCCUGAGUUUACUGAAUAAGUUUGAAGUUGCUGUUGCAUUUGAUAGUGAACACCUCCUCAUACCAUCACUACUGCCCCAAGAGGGCGAGAUGAUCUGUAUACCAGUCAACAGAGAGAAUAUUAAUAUCACACAAGAGUUUCUUCCACUUCAAUCACAAAUUGAAACUGCAAGAGUUGGAAUAAAGUCUCUGCACUUGCCGAGUCCAAAACCAGUGCCACCUGAAAGAGAUCAGACAUUUUUCCAGACAACAACAUCCUCCAUUCUUGCAAUUGCACAUGAAGUCUCUGCAAGAUUUAGUUCUCCAGCUGCUCCAGAAGAUGGCAUCAAAAGAAAUGGCUUCAAGACACUCUUUCCACAAAAUAAGCGCCCUCGUUCAACAAGCCCAAUAUUGGUUCGCAGGACAGAUGAAAAUGCUGCAGACCAGUAUCAAGCUGUUUUUUCCACUCAACCAAUUCCAGAAACAGAAGGUCCGGGCUUUAGCCUCACUGCUGGAGAGAAUCCUUAUGCAGUCAUUCGCCGGCUUUUCUUUCUUCAGUACAUUCCAAGUGGAUUUUGGUCACGGGUCAUCAGCAGGUUUCUUUCAGAUCAGAUCCUAAACAGUAUCAUUGAAACUCUUUACACAUUGCCAAAAAAUGCUGAGGAAUCAUUUGGUGAAGAUAUUCACCAAAAGUGGUCUUCAGGAUUAAUGUGGAUGUGUUGGCAGACUGGCAUAGAAUUGUCUUUACAUGGUGUGCCGUUAUUCCAUGUGAAAGAGAUCAAUAAGGAAUCAUUGUUGGGUUGUGUAUUUAAGAAAGAAAGAAGACCUGAUACUGUUCAGGUUCUUGUGAGUACAAUUGAUGGUCAGGAUAGAACAGUUUCAACUUCAAGACUGGGACAGUUAGAAAUAUUGAUUCCAAACCAGAUCCUUUCUGUUCAGAAGGAACAACUAUCAACAACAACACCUUCCUCAGCUGCAUCAAGCUCGGGGUCUUCUAUAUGUGGCUCUCUGUCUACUGAUUCAGAUAUUGAAGUUCUUCCAUCAUUAGAAAUUGCAUCAAGACUUCUUGCUGCCAUUGUUGAUCUUCUGGAUGUUCUCCUUGAAAAUUUUUAUCCAACGCUCUACGAGCCUCUUGGACAAACAUUUGAAGGAGAAUUGUUGAUAACACGUAUAGUACCUUGUAUUCGCUGUUGGAUUGAUUACAACAAAACCAUUGUGGAAGAUGUAGAUGAGACAGAUUGGGAAGUGGUAGACUGGAAUCCUGAUGACAUCCAACAAGCUCUCCAUGAGGAGGGUGUCAGUCCAAAGCCUGUGAGAAGAACUCCAAAAACAGAAAUCCAAAGUAUGCUACGACAACACUGUCCAAGGCUAUACAAAGGAAAGAAGGAAAAUACCAUUUGGACAAUUAGUUCCCCAAUUAAUGGAAAGCUUCAACUUCCAUUGUCAAACUAUGAUCAUUCACUUAAGAGAACUCAAAAUGAAAAUGGUAAAAAGAAAACAAGUAAAGACUCUAGUAACACUGACAAUGAUGACAGUGGCAUUGAUGCACCAGAGCUUCCGGGAGGCACACCUGAAGUUGUUGUACAAAACCCAACAAUUGAGAAAUCAAGAUCCUCAACUAAGAGAGCAAAAGUUGGAGGUUUACUACUUCCAGAGCAAGCUAUUCAAGUAGCUAUUGAUGAAAACAAUCAGAGAUCCAUUGCUGAAACACGAUCUGCAUCCAAAGACAAAUUCAUAAAAAAUUUCUCACCAAAAACAACACCAAGCCACACACCAAAAUCUCUCACACCAGAUAAAGAAAGGAGGUCCCUUGAGUUUUCUGCAUGUUUCAGACUCGGAUCUUUCAGUGAUACAGAGGGGCCAUACAAGGUUUAUGGAUUCUUAUUUGAGGAACUUGUACUAAGAGGGAUGAAGUAUGAAGAAGUCAAGUGUCCUAAUCAUGGCAGAAUCCUUCUGAAAAAUAUUGCUCCCGAUGUGGUGUACCACGAUUUAGGUCCAGGCAAACUGAUAGACAAAUCGAAUCUUGAGGUUGCAAAGCUUCUUGGCAUUGGUAGCUUUGGAUUUGUCUACAAAGGUCACAUGGUCCAAGAAGAUCAGAUGAGCGAAAUACCUGUUGCCAUUAAGAUGCUUCAGCCCUACCCUCCAGGCCAAGGAGCAAGCAAUACCAUUAAGCAGCGCUACGAGAUGAACGACUCCAAAUGGCAUCGAGAUCCUCUACGCAACUCGUGCGAAGCAUACCACACAGCGCGUAAAGAACUCUCUAUUAUUAUGACGUUGGAUCAUUCGCAUAUUGUCCCUCUGCUGGGCUUUUGUCGUCAACCAAUGUGUCUUAUCCUAGAGCUAGCACCACAUGGUGCCCUGGAUGCCCGGUUGGAAGACUACAAAAGAGUUGGUGCUCGUUUGACUUCUCCAGUCAUCCAACAAAUCAUUGUCCAGGUCUCUUCAGCUGUUGAUUACCUUCACCAGAAGGGCAUCAUCUAUCGUGAUCUGAAAGCAGAGAACGUAUUGGUCUGGAAUCUUCCGGAACCCCACCUGAUUCUGCCAUGCGAGUAUGUGCAAGUAAAGCUUGCUGACUACGGCAUCAGUGUCUCAACAUUGCCUUCAGGAACCAAAGGAUAUGGUGGAACCCCAGGUUACAUGGCACCGGAGAUUGUCCAAUAUGAAGGAAAGGAAACAUAUACCGAGAAGGUGGAUUGCUUUUCUUUUGGUAUGUUUAUGUAUGAACUGAUGUCAAUGCAAAGACCUUUUGAGAGCCAAGUCGGAAAGAAUAGAGGUCGUUUGUCGGAGGUCAUCAAACAGCUAAUUAAAGAUGGUGAACGACCAAUCCUGACCAGGAAGGAACAGUCAUAUCCUGUGUACAUCUUGGACUUGAUGGUCUGGUGUUGGGCUCAAGAUCCUAGAGACCGUCCCAGCAUGCAGGAGGUACACCAGAUAGCAUCAAUGCCAGAGUUUGCCAAUCUCCAUGAGGUAUUGUCACUUGAUGAAGAAAUUGAUGUAGCUGCCGCUUGCAGCAUUACUUCAUCAUCCGAAAUGAGCACAGCAAGUGAGGCUGGGUUGCUAAAUGUUGUUGACACUGACAUCUGGAUCAGCCAUUCUAACGCCAAUGUACAGAUCCUCACCUACUCUGAGAAAUGUAUCCAAGAAGAAAAUCUGAAUGUAAUGGCUAGCAAAGCAUCAAUAGUGUGCAUGUGUUUCUCUGCAGACAGCUACACUGUUUGGCUUAGCUUGUCUAUAGGACUACUGGCUGUGUAUAGUGUUUCUAAUAAUGAGGAGAUUGCACGAUUCCGCAUUCCUCCAACCACAAACAAUGACACCAAUCAUGUUGCCACGGCGAUGGUACACAUUGAUCUCCAACAGCAGAUGGUUGUUGCAACAGAUACCGGUUACGUGAUCGUCUUUGACGAGGGAGAUGGAUAUGUACAACCACAGGAAGUGUUCACGUAUCGAUACGUGGGAGAAAAGAUUACAUCACUAGCAUUGGCACCAAAUUCAUUCAAGUGUGAAAGGAUAAUUGAAUUGUGGUGUGGUAAUCCUGGUGGUAAUAUAAGUAUCCUGAAUGUUGGUGAUUUUGAUUUGUGCAUGGAUGUUGAAACUGUGAAACACUUUGAGGAACCAUUGGAGGUAUCCAGCGUGGAUAUCAUGGUGUCCUAUGACAUACAGAUGGCAGAGAGGCUCGGCUUGUACUAUGUUUGGACAUAUGUUUACCCAGGUACAUCAGUCUACAGAUGGACUGUGGAGACUAGGAAGAUGGAGGAGGAGUUAGACGUUGCUGAGAUAUUAUGCAGUGACCUUGGUGUCAAUCCAUCUGCAACUAUGAAAAGACUUAGUGCAAACCAAUGUCAGGUGUCAUCAAUGUGUCUUAUCAAAGAACACUUGUACAUCGGUACAGUGUGGGGGCGCCUCAUAAUCGCCGACUCCCUCAGUCUGUCACCGAUCACCACUGUGCAAUGUCACCGUGGACCAAUCAAAUCUAUCCUGCCCAUUCGUUCAACUCAGCAGCAGACACAGGAGGAAGUCAGAGACGAUUGCGACCAAUCAGAAAUGGACAUCUUCGAAAUGCCAAGCAAGACAUCCUUAGUUACCAUUGGCAAGGGAUUCCAUAAUUUGAUUGCUGGGUACCCAGAAUGCCCAUCAGGGGUCAAGGUUCACGAUAGUAGUCAAGCUUAUUACAUAUUGACAUGGAAUGCAGAUUCCUGGGAUCAGUUGGUUUGAACCUGUAAAUUGAUAUGUAGUCAAUGAUGAACAAUUCAAAUAAAUGUCCAAUUGUCUUCCAUUGUAUUUAUUUCAGUAAAUAAUUUGAUUGUAUUUUUGUUUAUACUGUAUGCAUAUGAGUAUGUUUUAUUUCAAAUCAAAUUGUAUAUGUUUACAUAAAUAUGACAUGUUCAUGUGUUUGCGAUUGUUAUUAUUAAGUAUCAGUAAAAUAUGUAUAUAUUUUAAACCAAUGUAUCAUGGGGCAUCUUUCUGCUGAGCAAAACAACACAUGUUUUUUUCCCCAGCAGAAACGGGCCAAAAAACAAAAACAUGGUUAGGAAUGCGUUCUAAAAAAUUGUUUUAACACGCAUUCGUUAUAGGGUUGGAGUUCAGAAAACAUGUGUUAUGUUGUACACUUUUCAGCUGCAACGCAAUACAGUACAGUGUUAGUCAUGACCCAUUGGUGACCCAAAUUGACAUCUUCGUUGGUUGGAUCAUUCGUCCGCGAGAAAUUCGGGGCGAAGAAAAACAUUAAAACAGGAUGACAUGCUUUUAUUUUUUUUUUUAUUUCAACUUUAUUUCACGAGGGUAGCUCUAACAGCUGCACUACAGUAGUACAGCUGACUUGAAGAGGCCCUCCCUUUAGGCUUAACAUAAUUUUUUCUUACCUUCGCAGUGUGUUGUUUACUACUUUCCCAACAUUUGCUGUAGCUCACAGGAAGUAAAGGUCAACUUUAGCUUCUGUAGGUGAUCGUCAUUAUAAGCUCCGCCCACCUACUAAUGCUCGUGUUACUGUGUUUUUAUUAGUUGCACUUUUCACUAGAAAUGCGUUCCGAAGGAAUUUAAUCAUUUAAAAAAAACACUUGUUUUUGGCGUUAUUCAGCAGAAACAUGCCCAUAGGCCAAAUGCAAAUAAAAAACAAGUUUCUCAUCUAUGUUUUUUAAACAGAGGACAAUAAUGCACUUUUCUUCAUUUAUGGCCACAACACACUCUGUCCCGUAAAUGUCAUAUUGACUACACAACUUUUCGUACUUAAAAAUAAUACCAAUAAUGGUCGAUUUACUGUAUAGAACAUUGUAGAGACCUCUAUGCGAUUAACAUUCUUGAUUACCCCCUGUCAUUGGAUCAAGCACAUACAGAUUACAUACUCAGUUCCCUGGGGAGAAUUCCAUAAUGUUGCAGCUGUAAUCAGCGCAUUUUGUGUUUAAACCCACUAGGUACCCACUUGUACUCCUGGGUGGAGAGAUACAUAACCACAGUAUAAAGUGACUUGCCUAAGGACACAAUGAAAUGCACAGUUAGGGAUUGAUUGUCCAACUCAAGGUUGAGAAACAGAACCGCAACCGAUGUGCCAAACCGCUCCUACCAAAAAAAAAAUUGUUUUUCAAGCUAUCCUAAUUUGACAAUUUGAAGUUCAUAUUUUGAGAAAUCAGGGCACAUGAUAUGUUUAGGUUUGUCUUCUGUACAAAUGAAUGAAUAUUAUUGGGCUUCUGGUGUUUAAUAUUUUAAUAGUAGGCCUAUGUGAGAGAUAAAAAAAAGGGAUAGGUCAUCUUUCAAAAUAUUGUCUUUCUCAUGUCGACAGUGUUCACUUGAGAUCAGAUCAUAAGUUCUCAAGUCAACAAAAAUUGACAUAUUAAUGUACAUAAUAAUAUUAUCACAUUAAACAUUCAAAAGCAUAGUUAAAUCAGUAGGAAGAAUCAUUCGGUUUUGCUUUGAAAAGCUUGGCAAACGUUAUAUAGAGACAAUAAAAUAUAAUAUGGUGUCCAAUUUAUUUCUAUUUGUUUCUAAUACUUAGAUGAUUCGACUGUAAGAUCAAUAGAGGGAUACAUUAGCACCAUCUGUGAUUUCUAGGUGUCACAUUUUUGGAUACGUACCCUAGUUUGCUGAAGAUUGAUCUAGGUCCUGAGGUAUAUACCUAUACACUUGCUUUUUUGGGAGUGGGGGUUUUUCAGUUGAAAAGCAUAAAAACUCGCUUUUAAGAAAAAAAAAAAAGGAUAUAACAGUGAGUAUAUAUAGGCCUAUGUUAUGAAGAAGUGGUAUUGAUAUGGAUUGGCAUUGUUUAUGUAAAUCAAAGUGUAAUAAUAUAAUAAUUUGUGUAAUUUAGAUAAAGGUUUAUUUAUUUAAAUAAAUGCAUAUUUAUUUAAAGGUA